AUAUUAUUGAUAUCCAGUAAACUAUGACCCUUUUUUUUCAUUUUCUUCGUUAAUAUUACCAAUUUUAAUACAAAUGGCCUAAUACGCCGCUGAUAUAAACACCGUGAACACCGCUGAAUAUAGCUAAAUGACACGACAUCAUUUCCAACGGCCGUUGGUCUCCGGCCCCGCGUUACGACAAUUCAACUUGUGUUGCCAAUGCCGUAAAGCACCUCGAUCCCGACCUGCCAGUGAAGAGAGAGAGACAGAAGGCCUUAAAGCUUAUAAAUUUAUAGACGAUGAGAGCAGGGUUAUCCAAACGCACUUUCAUUUUAUAGACAGUAUUAUCGUCUUUGCCUCACAAUGAUCAUAGAGAACGUUGAAGCCCUGAAGUCGUGGCUGGCGAAACUCCUGGAGCCGAUAUGUGACGCUGACCCCUCUGCAUUGGCCAACUAUGUGGUGGCUCUUGUGAAGAAGGACAAAUCGGAGAAAGAUCUGAAGGCACUGUGUGCCGAUCAGCUGGACGUCUUCCUUCAGAAAGAGACAACAGGAUUUGUCGAUAAGCUGUUUGAAAGUCUGACGACCAAGAAUUACCUUGGAAACCCCGUUGCCAAGGAAGCACCGAAAGAAGAAGUCAAACCGCCUGCAGUCAAAGCUGAGGGUGUGGAGGCUGAAACUCCAGAGGAAGACAGAGGACCCCGGCGGAGGAGAAGUCCAGCGAGAAACCGCGGCGACUUCACGGAUGCCAGCAGGGGCCGCGACGACAGGCGGCGGGAUGAGCGCAAGCGGCGCGAUUUCGACCGGCACCUGAAGCCCGGGAGCGACUCCAUCCGGGAGCGCGAGCGCCACGAGCGCCGCCGGGGCAGCCCGCGGGGGCGGAGCUACAGCCGGAGCCCCAGCCGGAGCCGGAGCGGCAGCCGGGGGAAGAGCAGGGACGUGGAGCACAGAGGAGGCAGAGACUUCAAGUCAAAGUUUGAGUUGGAGCGGAAGAACCCGGACUGCUUCUCCUCCUCCAACACGUCGGGCUCCCAGCAGCAGCAGCAGCAGCACCCGUCGCCUCUCCUGCCGCUGCCCCUCCCCCCGCCCGCGCCCCUGCACCCGUUUUCCGCCCCCUCGCCGUCCGCCGGCGUCUCCGCGGCCGGCGGCCUCCCCCCGGCGACGCCGGCCCACCUGCCCGACAGCACCACGGACAGCUGGUCCGGCUACUACAGCGCCCAGCGGCAGGACGGCGGCGGCGGUGGCGGCAAGCCGUUCGGCAACAAGAGCGUGUCGCUCAAGCAGCGCUGCAGGGAUUACGACGAAAAGGGGUUCUGUGUCCGCGGCGACCUUUGUCUCUUCGACCACGGAAACGACCCGCUCAUUGUGGACGACGUCAAUCUUCCCAACAUGAUCCCCUUCCCCCCGCCGCCCGUCAUGCCCCCGAUCACCGAGCCGCCCCCCCCCCUCCGGAUGCCCGUGAUGCCGCCCUUUGGCCAGCCUCCGCCCCCAGGCGUCUUCCCUAUGAACGGACCCCCACCGAUAGCACCCGGUGGCAUCGACGCCCCCAACCACCAAACGGCGAUCGCUUCUUCUCCUCCCGUCCGACCGCCCGGCGUGGGGAUGCCGCCCACUCACCCUCCUCCUCCGCUGCCACCCUCGUCCUCGUCGGUGUCUCUUCGGCCCCAAUAUGUCCAGUCAGAAUAUAACUACGAUCCAGAGGCCUACAACCCGGAGUCGCCGGGCCUCACGGCGGCCGGCCGUAACCCGUACCGACAGUUCAUCCCCCGGGUCCAGACCCAGCGCUCCAACCUCAUCGGCCUCACCUCCAACGAGGGCCAAGGGUCCAGAGCUGCCAACAUUGUGAUCCAGACGGAACCCGCCACGGCGGCCAGCGCUCCGGGCGGCAGCGCCUCCCGCUUCAACCCGGAGCUCGACGCCAGGAAGAGGAGCAUGGGGCCGGCGGUCGCCGAGGCGCCCGCGCUCAAGAAACCCUGGAUGGAGAAGCCGAGCUUCAGCCCCAACAACCAGCACAUGAGCGCGUUCCCCAAGAGGUACCACUACGUCAACACCAAGCUGGAGGUGCGCAAGAUCCCCCGAGACCUCAACAACAUCACCAAGCUCAACGAGCACUUCAGCAAGUUUGGAACCAUCGUCAACAUCCAGGUGGUGUUCGGUGGAGACCCGGAGGCGGCGCUGAUCCAGUACACGAUGAACGAGGAGGCCCGGCGGGCCAUCUCCAGCACGGAGGCGGUGCUCAACAACCGCUUCAUCCGUGUGUAUUGGCACCGCGAGCCGGGCGCCACGGCGGCGGGCGCGCUCCAGGAGCAGAGCUCCGGCAGCCAGGCGGCCGGGCCGGCGCCCUGCCAGCUGCAGCACGGCGCCCUGCACACGGGGAUCAAGCAGCACAGUCCGGCCGCCUACGUGCUGAACAAGACGGUCCCCAAGCCCCGCGUCGUGCCGGGCUUCACGGCCGCAGCCAAGCCCGACGGCGCCAACGCAGACGCCGUCGCCGUGGCGUCUGCGCUCAUGAGCACCCAGAGGAGCCCGUACGCCUCGCCGGCCCUCAAGUCGUCCUCAAAGAGCUUCGGGAAAACGGGAAAAGCUCUCGAAGCUCAGGAGAUCCUCAAGAAGAAACAGGAGACCCUGAAGCUGCAGCAGGACAUGAGGAAGAAGAAGCAGGAGAUGUUGAAGUCACAGAUCGAGUGCCAGAAGGCCUUGAUCAACCGCCUGGAGAAGAACCGAGCCAUGAGGCCCGAGGAGCGCGCCAACACCAUGAAGACGCUGAAGGAGCUGACGGAGAAGAUCGCCCAGCUGCAGAGCGAGAUGAGCCCCGCCUCCCAGGUAGCCAGUGCUAAAGCCAACCACGGCCAGUCGAAGACAAAGACUGACGCCCAGAAGGAGCUACUGGACGCCGAGCUGGACUUCCACAAGAAGAUCAACUCUGGAGAAGACACGACGGACCUGAAGAGGAAGCUGGGGCAGCUGCAGGUGGAGGCCACUCGGUUGGGUCUGAUCCGGCCCCCGGCGGGUCGGGGGCGGGGUCGGGGGAAGAUGGCGCCGGAUCCCGGGUCGGCGCACGCGGGCCGCGGCAGAGGGCGGAGCCGCGAGAUGAUGAUGGCUCGCGGCGGCACCGUGAACCGCAUGGUGGUGGACCACCGGCCCCGGGCCCUCGCCAUCCUGGGGGUCACGCAGGAGGAGAAGGAGGAGCUUAUGCCGCACUUUGUGAAUUUCGGCGAGGUCGAAGACGUCCGAGACCAAGACGCCAACAGCGUCGUCAUGACCUUCAAGACGCGGAGCGAAGCCGAGAACGCGGCGAACCAGGGGGCAAAGUUCAAAGGUCGCGUGCUGCAGAUCUCCUGGUACAAGCCGAAGACGCCUUUGGCUACGGCGGAGCCGGAGGUGGAGGAGGCCAAAGAUGAGGACAAUACGAAGGAGGCGAGCUCUUAUUUGCCCGCCGGCGAAGUCGAAGAAGAGGAGGAAGACGACGACGAAGACGACGAGUACGAGAGCCGCUCUUGGAGACGAUGAAGGCCGACUGCGUCGCUUCCUCUUUUCUUUUUUCGCGUGUGGAGAAAGAAUCAGAAAUAUAAUCGUUUUUUUUUUUUGGCGGGGGGGGAUUUUGAAACUAAAAAUAAUUUUAGACUCGAAUGGAAGUAAACAAUGUUUUUACUUUACUGUAAAUCCAAAAGAGGUUCGGAGGGCCGGUUGUUUUGUACCCCCGACUGAACGAUGAUUUAAAACGUCUCACUUUUGCUGAGAAAGAUAAAAGUUAAGUUGUUCUUCCCAGAGAACCCGAUGUCCGUGUGCAAACCAGAUUAUUAAUAUCAGUCGUGCACAACAUUUGUGUCUGCUGUGAAUCCGUAUUUUUAUACAUCCUGUAUUUAAGCUCUCUCUUUCUCCCGCUUUUUGCUUUUUCUUUUUUUAAACGGCGUCCUCUGUUCACGGCGUCCUCCCGACGACCUUCUGUCGCCGACACACAGAUGUUUAUUUAUUUUUCCGGUGCUUGAAUGCCCCGUGUUGUUUUUCCCUCGUUCCACCUUGAGCCCAACAACACGUCUGACCCCCGCUGGCGCCCGGCGUUCUGCACGGCGUGAGAACUCUAAGCCAUGUUUACAAGCCCCCCCCGGCCGCUCUGUGAGCUGAACUCUCUCGCUCUCGCUCUCGCUCUCUCUCUCUGCGUCCACUGAGACAGAGAAUUCACUGGUUUGAUUCCCCCGCUCACCCAAAGGGACGAGGGUCACAUCACGAGAGAGAGGCAGGGAGAGAGAGAGGGACAGGAGUUUGAAUGUAACACGGAACAG